UUCUCAAGCGGCAUUCGGCCACCUUGAUUGUUGUCAUGGCGGCCAAGAGAAAGCGUGAUACAGUUGACGACGAAGGAGAAAUUGCCAAAUUUAAUGUUCCUGCUCAUAUAAAAAGUCAAGAAAAACGUCUCAUCGUAGUCCUAGAAAACGCAAACCUGGAAUCGAUCAAGGUCGGCAAAGCGUUCGAACUUCUCAACUGCGAUGAUCACAUUCAACAAAUGCGGAAAUUCAAGAAGGAUCCAGCCUUCUGCAGACCAGACAUAACACAUCAGUGUCUCCUGAUGCUGUUCGACAGCCCUCUAAACAGGGCAGGCCUCCUCCAAGUCUACAUUCACACGGAAAAAAAUGUGCUAAUCGAGAUCAACCCCCAGACGCGGAUUCCAAGGACGUUCAAGAGGUUUUCAGGCCUAAUGGUCCAGUUACUCCACAAGCUCUGCAUCAGGGCUGGCUCUGGUUCAGUAAAACUUCUCAAGGUGAUCAAGAAUCCCGUGACGGACUGGCUUCCUGUUGGCUGCAAGAAGGUCAUGACGUCCCUGCGCGCGGAGAAGCUCGUCCGGCCGAGGGACCUGGUGCCCGAGACCAACGAACCCAUCACCGUCGUCAUCGGAGCCAUGGCGCACGGAUCGGUGACCCCCGACUAUGUGGAAGACUCGUUUUCCAUCAGCCAAUACCCACUCUCGGCUGCUCUCACAUGCUCCAAGCUUUGUUCAGCCUUCGAGGAAGCCUGGGGCGUCCAUUGAUUCUCAUUGUUUGUAUAGGUGCUCCCAUGGCUGCAUUUUCAACGUGAUUCAUUAAAGACCUAUCCCGGCA